AUGUCAAUUACAAUUGCACAAUGUGCAGUACGGUUAAAGUCAAAUCCCAGCUUGUGCCAUAACCUCAAGAAAUGCUGUCAUCACUCGCAUUUCACCCCACUAUCCCCUCUACGUAAAUUUGCUACGUCUCCGCCAUUUUUGCAGGGAACAAACAAGUCUGACCAGAACGCCAAAAACAAGCAGAAAAUUGCCAAAUCCAGGCUUAAUCUCCCCCCUUCAUUUCGAAGUUCUCACCCGUUACCAAAGAACCAGGUCACCGAUUUUGAACGUGAGAAAAUCCAGUUAGAAAAUAAUAGUUAUGACAGUGGCCAAAAAAUUCCACCACAACCUAUAGUAUACAAAAAUCCGUGGUGGACACCUUUAUUGAAACUAGGAGUCGUGUUCGUCCCAUUUUUUGUUGUUGGAAUUGGAUAUGUAGCUUACGAAACAUACAACGAUCGAGCUGUUUUCUUUCCUCUAUGGAUCAAUUCUUCGGUUCCGUUAAGUCACGCAGCCGGAUUUGAAAACGUUGAUGUGGAUAUGUUGAAGGAGGUUGCCAAAACUAACCUCUUGAGAAGAUUGAAUGUUAAUCAUGAGAUCAGAGAAUAUUUCGGAUUGCCCAUUACUUUAAGUGAUUAUGAGUUAUUCGAUGUGAGAAUCCAGUACAACAAACUAGCAGUGGAAGGAGUAGAGUUAGAUUUUAGGAAAUCAUGGCUUAAGCCCAUCAUCCGGUACAGAGAGAUAGAUACACCAGUCUUGCCAAACAACGUUAAUAAAUACGUGCAACCUUUGAAGGCACGCGUAGGAGGUGGCGUUGAUGAAGACCCUGAACAAGACUCUAUUUUUGCCAAAGACAUGGAAUACAAAAUUAAAAUCAGAGCUACAAUAAAAGUGGCCAACGAAGUGCUACACAGAAUAGAGCCGGGAUCCGGACGCAUCACUUUCGACGCAGAGGUGGAGUUAGAUCACACACGUUUAAUGAAGAUAACUAGUGCUUUAAUGCACUUUAGGAACAAGGGUGGUUCUGGAAGUGGUGGAACUUUAGAAAAACUUUGGUGA